GCUCCACUCCAGUGCGGGAGCUUCAACUUCUGAUUCCCUGCGCUCCACUCUGUCGUUCGAUCCCCCCGGUGGAGUUGUGGAUUUGCUCAGACAGUGGAUUAGUGGGAGCCAGGUAUUCCAGCGUGGAGCGAGGCUUGAUUUGGAAAGGCGCUCCAUCCCGCCGCCACGAUGCUGGUUUAUCUUCUACUGGUGUUCCUGCUGUCGGGCUUGGUCCUGUCUUCUCAGUGCCCAGAUGACUGCACCUGCAUGGACAGCAUGUCAAUAUUCUGCAUUAACCGACGGGACAGCGCGGUUCCCGCCGUUCCUGCCAGCACCCAGGAGCUGUACGUCUUCAACAAUGGCAUCCGUACUUUAACCCCAAGUGACUUCAGACACCUGAAGGAUUUACAGAUGUUGGACAUGAGUCAGAAUGAGUUGGGGGAGGUCCCUGACGGGGUAUUUGAGAUGCUCUCAAGUCUGAAGAACUUGGACCUGUCGACCAACCACAUUACUCACAUUUCCAAAGACAGCUUCUCGGGGUUGGUCCAGCUGGAGCGGCUCUAUCUCUCUUCGAAUCGCAUCCACAGCAUCCAUGUGGACGCCUUCAACGGUUUGGAGCAACUUCUAGAGCUCAAACUGGAGAAAAACCAGCUGACGUCCUUGCCGUCCCUCCGUCUUCCCAGCCUUCUUCUAUUGGACCUCAGUCACAACAACAUCCCUCUGAUAGGACCAUCUGAUCUCCAAACUCCCCACUUGGAAUCCCUAAAGUUGGCAUCUCUUGCACUUUCCUUCCUGGAUGAGGAGCUCAUUGCCUCCCUUGGGAACCUCCACGAACUAGACAUUUCCAUGAAUCAGUUGAGCGAAGUCCCACAGGCCCUGAAGCAGGACUCUCUCAAAGGUCUGAUUAAACUGAACGUGAAGGGAAACCCAUUUGGUGAGUUCAGGAAAGAAGAUUUCCAGAAGCUGACGGGGCUGCAACAUUUGGAUAUCAGAGGAAUUCAUCUGCAGGAAUUUCCUCAGAACUUUUUCGAGGCGUUCCCCAAGCUGGCUACACUGACGGCUGCUGAAAACCCCUUCAACUGCAUGUGUCCUUUAGCCUGGUUCCCUGCCUGGCUAAAAGAGAGCGGCGUCGAUCUCCUUCGACCUGAGGAGACACGCUGCCACUUUCCCCUUGUUAACGCUGGGAAGAAGCUGUUUGAGCUGGAGUACGAAGAUUUCGGAUGUCCACGUAGUACAACGAUGGUGAUCGACUCCCCCAACAGAAGCACUCCCCACUCCGGAGUGCCCACCCCACCUCCUGAAGCUACCCACACCAACGCCAUCCCUCCCCCUCCCCCUGCUACCGAGGGAACCAUUUUGUCGGAGACAGACAGCUACUUGCCACAUGCCGACAAUCCCGUCGUACCAAGCUCAACCAGUGGAGAAAAUGAGCAGCACAUCUGUCCGCCAAACAUCUGCCUUAAUGGUGGGACGUGCCACUUUGACUUGCUGGGGGAGUUGAGUUGUGUGUGUCCCACGGGAACCUCAGGAACCUACUGCGAAAAUAUCGAAGAGGUCCCAGAACUACUGGCCCCGUCCGUGACAGACGGUGAAAUGGUGAACUCAGUUGUGCCCGCCUUGCUGGACUCCAUCAGCUCACGCCAAGUCACCUCCACAUCCAUUCUUCUUGACCUGCACCGCUUCAUCGAGGCAAGGCCAAACAUCCGUGGCAUCAGACUGACCUACCGGAACCUCUCGGGGCCAGAUCGCCGGCCCAACAUUCUCAACGUACCAGCGUCCUACCCAGAGUACACGCUGCGUGGUUUGAAACCCAACUGCACCUACUCAGUUUGUGCAAGUCCUUUGGGUGAAAGAACGAACUCCCGGACGAACAGCUCUCUAGAAGCAGGGUCCUGUACUGAGGCGCGCACCUCCGCGGCGCCGCAUACUUCAGCAGAGAAAACUGUUGAGACCAAAAGCCAGCUUCUCUACACCCUCAUACCUAUAGUGGCAGGUCUGACUAUGGUCUUGGGUCUGUCUCUGGUGGUGGGUGUAGUUGUUUGUCUGCGUAGGAAAAAGCAAAGAGGGGUGGACAUGGAGGUGGAGCUCGGUUCCGCCGAUCAGGAACCUGUGGAACUGGAUGGAAUUAAAGUUAGCCUGGAGAACAGUGGGAAUGGCUCCCUGCAGCAGAAACACCCUGAGAUCGACAGCUCUCAGAACCUGAAGCAAAGCCCAUCAGUGCAGCAGAAUGGGGGGACUUUGGACUAUGAGGUGCCCCUGAUGCAAGGACACUCCUCCUCAAACAACAACAUAGCUUCAAUAAAACCGUCUUAUUUCUGAGAUGAACUAAAACUGACUCUGGCAGGAAGGUUCUUGUCUGUUUGGACUGGUGUACAAACUGCACGCACUUAAAUCGUACCGGGGUCCAAAGCUGCCAUGGGACAAUGCUGGUUACAGAAGGCAGCCCGAGCCGAGGGCUUUGACUUCAAGUGCAAUUGACUCUCAAGUCUUAGUAGCGGACUGAAACGGAAGUGCCUUUUUGCAUUGACCCGAGCGAUUAUUCAGUUUCCCAAGCGUUUAUCCUGUUGCUGGAUCUGGGCAGGAGGUGAUCCGUUCUGUGGUCAUGAGGAAUUAAGACCCGCCUGCAGCUUCAUGGUGAAAGACAGGAAGUGAACUUGGAGGGUCAGACGAUGGCUUAAAGUCUUCAGUUGUUUACAGAUCCACCUGUGCACCCAGAAGCCUCCGACCUGACGGGAGAUGAAUUUGCUGUGAAUGAUGAACGGACUGAAUUGCAAGUGUUUUAUCUGGACAAUGUUGUGUGGUAUGAAAUUGUGACAUGUUUUUAUGUGCGGCAUUUGUGAUUGUGAACGAUUCACUAUUGGUCUAGUGAACUGGCCCCAGCUAAAAAUCCGGUAUUAUGGAUCCAGUUGUUCAGAAUUUUGGGACUUGCUGCAGCAAGAAUCUUUGAAUCUAUGUGCCUAUUUCCAUUUGUACCAAGCCUGGAACAUACACUCCCACCUCCUGCAGCCCUAGUUUCUGGUACAGGGGUCUCGAACUGAAAGCAGGUUUUGGUUCUAACUGAUCAGGAGCGCACAGUUUAACCAGCCAGGACUCUGAGGCUCUCAAGAUUGUCAGUCUGGUGCUGCUUAUUUGGUUGGAACAAACACAGUUUGGCACUAUAUGGGUUUCAGUUUGACACACCUGCUGUGGUCUCUGUUGAGAGGGGUGGCCCCUAAAUGUAGCGUCUGCCCCUGGGGCCCCAGCUCAGAAAUGAUCCUGAAGGCUCCCGAAUUUAAACCAACCUAAGACAUGUGAAGGAGGCCCACAGCGAUUCCAGGGUGUCUCCUCUUUUUCAGCAACAGGUUGCUGCAUCUUGAAAUAAAGAAUGACAAAACUGGGAUGUAAUGGCUGAGCACCCUUUGAUGCUUCAACAUAAAACAGUCCCUACAUGUUACAGUGUUCAUGGAGGUGAAACGCCCCUAAAAUGUGUAUUUAUUCUAACAGAUAUUAAUAGUAAAACUAUGUUCCUCCUAGAAAUACAAGCUAAAUUUUACUAAUCUUGUUUGUCCCUUUAGUCAUUUGCCGUGUCGGAACCCUGUAGACACAAAGUCCCCUCGGCCCCCUGUUUGGAGCGGCCCCUUCCUUCCCAUGCUCUGUCAGAGGGUUUCGGUCCAUCCAGAAUGAAGAAUCCUCAUCAGCAACUAACUGGUUUGUGCGGUCACUGGUCAUUAGCAGCCAACCAGACUGUGAAAUGAACUGCAGUGUUUAUCUCCCCCCCCUUCGGUCACACACUUGUAAUUCAUUGUUUUCGUCUUUAUAAAUCUCAGCUGGGGCGAGGAAAUACAAUGGUCAAAGAGCAGCUCAUCGCUGCUCCACAAAACCCGCCGUUGUUCUUGGAUGAAACGCUGAAGAGAUUUUAAUGAGUCAAUUAUCUUUAUCUAAUAAUACUGGGUGACUUCAGUUCAGCUCCGUGUGUGUGUGAGAGUGUGUGUGGGUGUGUUUUUUGUUUUCAACUUUCAAUGUUCCUGUUUGAUAAUUGAAGCCGUGCACUAGACUCUGGAACUGUCCUAAAGCAGCCGACGCUUCCACAAGAUGAACUGGAAUGAUUGCACCUGAAGUUCGGGCAGUGAAGGAGCAGGAAUGUCUCCAACAAGCAUGUUGCCGUCAACCUUGUGAGAUUGUUUUGCUUUGAAUGUUUGUC